AUGGCUACUGCCGGACGGACAUAUAAUGAUGCCGUUGACGCCUUGAACACCCUGCAGACGCCGUUCGCCGUCAUCGAGGCGAGGCGCAAGGCGGGCGUUCGACCGGAUAAGGCUUCUGUCAAGGAGAUGAGGGCGUACCUCGCGCGCGUCGGGUAUUCGAUCUCCGACCUCGACAGCCUCAACGUAAUCCACGUCGCCGGCACAAAGGGCAAAGGCAGCACCUGCGCCUUCACCGACUCCAUCCUCGCCCGGCACCGCGCCGCCUCGCCGUCCUCGAUCCCCCGGAAAGUCGGCCUGCUCACCUCGCCGCACCUGAUUGCCGUGCGGGAGCGGAUACGGAUCAACGGGGCGCCCAUCUCCGAAGACGUUUUUGCGCGGUACUUUUUCGAGGUGUGGGACCGGCUCGGAGAACACAAUACGGUGCAGGAGGAGGCCGUGGCGGUGGGCACGCGGCCGAUUUACUCGCGGUACCUGACGCUGGUGAGCUUCCACGUCUUUUUGCAGGAGGGGUGUGACGUGGCGAUUUUGGAGACGGGGAUCGGGGGCGAGUAUGAUGCCACGAACCUCGUCGGACGACCUGUCGCGACGGGGAUUACGACGCUGGGGAUCGAUCACGUUUUUGCGCUGGGGGAUACGGUCGAGAAGAUUGCGUGGCAUAAGGCGGGGAUUAUGAAGGAGGGGAGCAGGGCGUUCACGGUCGAGCAGGUUGCUGGCGCGGCGGCCGUGUUGGAGGCGAGGGCCAGGGAGAAGGGGGUGGAGAUGGAGGUUGUGGGCGUCGAUGAGCGACUUGGGCCGGUAAAGAUCCGGCCUGACGCGGUGUUCCAGAAGAGGAACGCGAGUUUGGCGGUGCGGCUUGCGGAGACGGCGCUGGAGAGGCUUGAUCCGGGGUUCGUGAGGGACCGGGAGAGGUUGCCGGCGCCGUUUGUGGAGGGGUUGGAGGGGGUCGUUUGGAGGGGCCGGUGCGAGGUCAAGGACGAGGGGAGGAUCGUGUGGUUUGUGGACGGGGCGCAUACGACGGACAGCUUGAGGAUGGCGGCGCGGUGGUUUGUCGACGAGGCGAAGGGGAAGAAGGGACCGCGGGCGUUGGUGUUUAAUCAGCAGGGCCGGACGGAGGCUAUUGAUUUCCUGGACGGGAUGUAUGAGGCGAUGAAGAGGGAGGACGGGAGGGCGUUUGAGACUGUUGUGUUUUGUACGAAUGUCACGUAUGCCCAGACGGGGUAUAAGCGAGGUAAGAUUCCCCUUCCGCCCUUCACGGAGGAUAAUCUGGAGAAGAGGAGAGACAAGGCUGACUUGAGACUGGAUCACGGUUUAGAUUUCGUCAACCACCAGUACGACGCCAAGGCCAUUGAGGCCAUGACGGUGCAGAGGCAGUUUGCGGAGCGCUGGUCGAAGCUGGAUCCCCACGCGGACGUGCGCGUCAUACCGACGAUUGAGGAGGCGUUGAAUCAUGUCCGGGGCGUCAGCGAGGGGGUUGCAGAGGGCGAGAGCGUGCAGGCUCUUGUUACGGGGAGCUUGCAUCUUGUUGGUGGCGCCCUGGGGAUUCUAGAAGGCGCGGAUGCUUUGUAG